GCGUGGCCGCCGCCGACCCCCAGGACGGAGCUGGGAGGGGCGCCCACCGUCAGGGGCGCGGGGCCGCGGAAUCCCUGGGAAGGAGGGAUGCGCGGAUGCAACUGCCGGCGGCGCUGGGCGCGGGGGCCGCGGCCGCGGUGGCGGCGCUGGUGGCCGCUCUGCUCCUGCUGCGAUGCCGGGACGCGGGGCCGGGGGCCGGCUCCAGCAUGGCUGGGGCAGAGGCGCUGCCCAAGCUUCGGGAAGACUUCCGGAUGCAGAAUAAAUCCGUCUUUAUUCUGGGCGCCAGCGGGGAGACGGGCAAAGCGCUCCUAAGGGAAUUGCUGGAGCAGCGCCUGUUUUCCAGAGUCACGCUCAUUGGCCGGAGGAAGCUGACCUUCGAGGAGAAAGCUUAUGCAGAUGUGAAUCAAGAAGUGGUGGACUUUGAAAAGCUGGACGACUAUGCUUCUGCCUUCCAAGGUCAUGAUGUUGGAUUCUGUUGCCUGGGUACCACCAGAAAAAAAGCUGGGGCGGAGGGAUUUGUUCGUGUUGAUCGAGAUUAUGUCCUGAAAUCUGCAGAGCUGGCAAAAGCUGGAGGGUGCAAACAUUUCAACCUGCUGUCCUCCAAAGGAGCUGACAAGUCGAGCAGUUUUUUGUAUCUGCAAGUUAAGGGAGAAGUGGAAGAUAGGGUGGAAGAAUUAAAAUUUGAUCGCUACUCCAUAUUUAGGCCUGGAUUUCUGUUAUGUGAUAGGCAAGAAUCUCGCCCAGGUGAAUGGGUGAUUAGGAAAUUCUUUGGCUCCUUACCAGAAUCUUGGGCCAGUGGGCAUUCUGUACCAGUGGUGACCGUGGUUAGAGCAAUGCUGAACAACUUAGUGAGACCAAGUGACAAGAAGAAGGAGCUGCUGGACAACAAGGCCAUCCAUGACCUGGGGAAAGCCGAUGGCCCUCUGAAGCCAUGAUCACACCUGAGAAGUGCUUUUUUGGUCAAACUCAGCACUCAUCAUCUAAUCGUUAAUUUAAAGGUCUAAAAAAAAGCAUGCUUUAAUUGGGGUUUCACUAUUUUCCGCCACCUGGGCCCAAUUAAAAAAUAACUGUGCUCUGCCACAGCAAUUAUUGACCGUUGUACAACAUGAGUUUGAACUGAGCAGUUCCAUUUAUAUAUGGAUUUAUUUUCAAUAAAUACUAUAAAUGUAUUUUCUAUUCCUUAUGUUUUAUUGACAUUUUCUUUUCUUUAGCUUAUUGUUAUUAUUAUUAUUAUUAUUGGUGGGGAGAUCAAGUUCUAGCUCAUUUUAUUGUAAGAAUACAGUAUAUAAUGCAUACAACAUACAACAUGUGUGUUAUUUUACUGUGUAUGUUGUUGGGGAGACUUCUGGUCAGCAGUCCGCUAUUAGUACAGUUGGCCCUCUGCAUCUCCAGAUUCCCAACUUUAGAUUGAAAAUAUUGUUUUAAAUCCACAGUUGCUUAAAUCUGUGGGUGUCAAACCUGUGGCUCUGAAGAGCAGGGCGUAGUUAGAUUUGGGGGGGGUGUCAAAAGUUAUAUGUGGAUUUUCAACUGUACGGGGGUGGUACCCCUAACAUACCUGUGGUUCAAAGGUCAACUGUACCGCACCCAGGGAGCUUUCAAACAUGGAGCUUCCUAGGCCCUGUCUCUGCCUCAGACCUUCUGAAGCCAAUAUUGUGGGGGUAUGGGCACAGGAAUCUGUGGUUUUGUGUAAGUGUCCUCUGGUGAACCUGAUGCCACUGGUGCGGAGGCCAGCUCUGAAGUGCUUGUCUGCAGAGUGAUGGCAGCAGUGCAGACCUUGCGUAGCAUUACAGAUGAGUUCUGUUCUGAAAUUGUUGACAUUCGGGUCUUCAAGGUACUCAGUGCUGACUGCAUAUAAUUGUGUAAGUGAACAUUGUGCCUAUUUCUUUAGGAUAUAUAAUAAAAUGUAUUAUACAAC